AUGCCAAGCAAAGACUUCACCGUUCUCAUCGCCGGCGGCGGCAUAGCCGGCCUGACGUUAGCCAAUAUGCUCGAGAAAGUUGGUGUCAGCUAUCUGAUCCUCGAAGGGUAUCAUGAAAUGGCCCCUCAAGUCGGCGCCAGCAUUGGUAUUCUGCCGAAUGGCAGUCGCAUUUUGGAUCAGAUAGGACUGUACGACAAGAUCAGGAAGCUCAUUGAUAAGCCUCUCUUUGAGUCCACUCUUCGUUACCCAGAAGGCGGCGUCAUUACACGUUAUCUUGGAAUCGGUGGUCAAAUUAACAACCGCCAUGGUUACGAUACUGUGUUUGUAGAUCGACAGAUGAUUCUGGAGGCAUUGUGGAAGAACUUGAAGAACAAGGACAAGGUUCUUCCAAUCGGCGCAGAUGGUGUCCACAGCAAAGUCCGGAACGAGAUGUGGCGACUGGCUGAUGCCCUCGAACCUGGCUACAUUCCUGCCUCAGAACACACUGAGUGCCUUCCAACUGUGUACAAGUGCAUCUUUGGCAUCUCCAUUGACAAAAGCUGGGAAGCUCAGACUGUGCAGACGAAUUUGAACAAUGGGUACUCUUACCUCGUCAUCAGUGGCCCCAACCAUCGGGUCUACUGGUUUCUCUUCGUCAACAUGGGUAAGACAGCAUAUGGCCCUGAGCUUCCUCGGUACACCAAGCAGGACGAGGAAGUUUUGGCAAAUGCGCAUUUGCACGACAAGAUCACCGAUAAUCGCACUUUCGGAGAUCUGUACGCUACAAAGAUCUCUUCUGUUCUCACGCCACUUCCGGAGUAUGUCUUCAAGAAGUGGCAUUUCCAGCGAAUCAUGACGAUUGGGGAUGCGGCUCACAAGUUUGAACCAAUUGCUGGCCAGGGAGGAAAUAGUGCGAUUGAAACCGCCGCGGUCCUCGUCACAAACCUGGCAACCAUGCUCAAGGCAAAGCCAUCGGGCGUCACAACCGCCGAUAUCGACGCUGUGUUUUCCAAGACGCAGGAAAUCCGCGAGCCCCGUACCCAGAAGCUCGUCAAGUCAUCUCACGAAGAGCAGCGCUUCGCCGCCAUGGAGUCCACUCUACUCGAGUUUGCCGGCAGACAUUUAACUCCAAUUUUGUCCGUAGACGAAAAGUUGCAUCCUUGGACUGCCAACAUUGAGUCUGGGCACAAGAUAGACAUCAUGGAUGUGCCGAAGCGACCACGCGCCGUCCCUUUCACCGAUGAGCUUGCCAGUCCACCUCUGGAAGCUUCCUAUUUGCCCAAGAUUACUGUUGGGGCUGCCCUUUGCGGUCUCCUUUACAUUGCGCAACAGGCUUUGGUCCUGUCUCCGGAGGCGGCCUCCCUGAGCACAUUCCUGGGUGAGACCUCCAAGACCUCUUAUACAGGGGUCGCUCCCGUCGAUGCGGUACUUUCUGUUCUGGUGUGGGCUUUCUCUGAGGCGGUUGCCGGCCCAGAGCCCAACAAGAGAGUGCAGUGUCUCUACUUCCUGGUCAACUUGAUUCCCAUCAUCUACAUCUGGACUGUCGAAGGAUACCGUAACGGCAAUCUUCUAUCAUUCGUUUCUUGGCCUUCCAUCUUCGUCAUUUACCAGCUUCUGGGAAUCGGCAAAGUCGCACCUUUCUACUUUCUUCUGAGCAUCUAUACCACCGGCAAGCCCGUCUACAGCCGUCCGACUGGCCGAGCUAUUCCCUCCAACGUCGCCAAGGCUCUCCUGCCGGCUCUUUGCCUCGGAUAUGUCAUCCCCACCGCUCUCAUGUUCCUGCCCCACGAAGAUCGCAUCACCCAGCAGAACGUUAUUGCUUUCUGUCAGCCUUCCCCAUUGUACGUCUCCAUCCUCGUCUGGGUCUUUUCCAAGGUACUUUCGAGCCAAUGGCCGACCAAGUCCCUGGACUGGGAGAUAUUCGGGAAGAAAGACUUGCCCUUCCUGCAGUCCGGGUAUGCCUUCUGCUUCUUCGUCACCGCUGUCACCCACCUCUGCACGCUUCUCUAUGCCGGAUUCAGUCCUUCUGUGUCUGUUUCUCAAGCCUUCUUCAGCCUUCCUGGGUUCGAAGCUAUUGAUCUCUCUGCAUUCUUCAAGUACGACAUGAUUCUUUGCUUUGGAUCCGUGGCGGUUUGGCUUCUUUACAGUGCAUUUGAGCUGAGAAGACUUGGGUAUGUGACUACCGGUACGGCGUUGAAGGCCGCAGGGAUUGCCUUGACUUCCGGGGUGCUCGUCGGUCCCGGGGCGACUUAUGCAGGUUUCUGGGCUUGGAGAGAGUCAGUCAUUGCAAGCUUCGUCAAAACGGGCCAGUAG